AUGACAGCAGCUACCAUUUUGCAUCUAACCAUCGUUUCCGUCCUGAUCACCGCCGCCACAUCCCAGGCUCCUCCCAUUAAGUACACCAACCACACAGUUGGUGACAAUGCCGGCUGGUUCUUCAAUUCCACCACCAACACCACUGCCACUAACUAUUCCUCUUGGGCUACCUCCCAAACCUUCAAUCUUGGCGACUAUCUAAUUUUCAGAACGAACUCAAACCAGACAGUGAUCCAGACCUACAAUCUGACAACAUUCAAAAACUGCACAAUCGACGACUCGUCUGAUAACGAUACCUUCGUCUACAACGGAGGCAACACGGUGUUUGAUCAAGCGUUGACCAUACCCGUACCGUUGACUAUUCAAGGCCCGAAUUAUUUCUUCUCUGAUGCUAAUGAUGGCAUUCAAUGCCAGCAUGGAUUGGCCUUUGUGAUCAAUGUUGAUCGCGGUCUUGGCCUGCCUCCUAGCCUUAACCAGCCACCUCCUCCGCCGUACAGGGAGCCUCCAGGUCCUGACUCAGCUUCUCCGCCGAUUACCAUUCCAGCCGGAGGAAACGGGUCAGGAAAUACUGGGUUUAAAAAUGGGGUUAGCGCGCACGUGAUUGCGUGUGCGGUUUUAUUUGCUUUGCUGGCAGUCAAUGUUGGGGAUAAGGGUGGUAAUUUUUUACUUGUUUGUGCUGGUUGGUAA